AUGUCCUUCCUCCAUUGGCACUGGCCCAUCUUGCCACUCGAGGUUCUCGGGGAGAUUAUGGUCCAUGUACGCGAAGACCAUCAAUCCACAGAUACUCUACGCGCCUGUGCCCUGGUCAACCGAUCAAUGCGAGAGAUCUGCCAGAGGCUUCUCUUCCGCGAUAUUACCGUUCUAUACCACCUCCAAACCGCAUCCGAACCCGACAUGGCCUUUACAACGCCUACCACGAUAUCGAUCUUCGACUUUGACGAAUACGAGGGGGGAUGCACCACAGGUGCUCGACUGCACGAUAACUUCCUCACGCGAGACGGGCUGCCGAGGAUUCGUUCCUUCGUCCAAAAGCUCAGCGUACGGUUCUCGACGGAAGGAAGCGCUAUCAGCCAUCGCAGACGAACGUUCUCACUCCCUGCCAUACUGAAAUACUUGGACCGCUUGAAAACAAUCCAAUUCUGCCGUCUCGACGGGAUAGGGUCGGAUCACUACAACGACAUCGAGUUCCAUCCAACCACCGUCAAACACUUGCAAGACUCGAUGCAAGCCCUUCCACCCACCAUUACCCAUAUCGACACGCGCGCGUUCGCGAUAUUUCCCAUUUCGCUGUUGUUGCGAAACGUCUCUUCUUCAGCCAGGUUGCGCAAAUUGAGCUCGAUGCGUUUUGAUACAGCUAUUCCCGCUGGGCUGGUUUACAAACCCCUCAGGGUCGAGCAUCUCGAAAUCGGAACCUGCCCUCCGCCCGCCCGACGGGCAUUCGAGCUUUCUUCUCUACGACGCCUGACCAUUUGGUCAAAACCUGAGUUUCCUAUCGAGGUGGACGCCAUUAUGGCCAUCGUUGAAGGGAGCAGACUCACACUCCAAAGUCUGGAAUUAGCAAGAUACCGCUGCAAGUCAAUGAGCGCAGAGUUGGUCACCCAGCUGGACUUGCUUGUUACCUCGUUGGUUGCAUGCGAAGACAAGGCUCGAGAAAACGAAGGCUUAGAGCGCGAUCUAGGCGUGGGUGGGGAGGAUGAGAAGCAAGAGCAGGAAGCAGGACGGAGUGAAGCAGGAAGGAGUGAAGCAGGAAGGAGGAAGGAGGAAGGAGGAAGGAGGAAGGAGGAAGGAGGAAGGAGGAAGGAGGAAGGAGGAAGGAGGAAGGAGGAAGGAGGAAGGAGGAAGGAGGAAGGAGGAAGGAGGAAGGAGGAAGUGAAGCGAGCGGGAUGGGGGAUGAGGCGGUAG